AUGUCCUAUUUCCAGCCAGUAAUAUUGACCCAUAAGAAAAGGAAGAUCAAGGAAAGCAAUAAUUUUUUGUUUGACUUUAAAGUGUUGAACUCCGGAAAUGAUAAAGGAUGUGUCAAAUCGAUAAGCAUUUGCAGCAAGUUCAUUGCCAUUGGUUGCAGCAAUGUGGUCAUCCUGAACAGCAUAACAGGGGAGAAAUUAAAUAAGAAGUACCAGUGCCAAGAAGGUAUUACGAAAUUGAAGUUCCGAGAUGAUGAGAUGUUGGCAGUUGGUUUAGAAAAUGGUACCAUAGAUCUCGUAGGAAUGUUUUGCUUUGGAAGAAUAAAAAGUCUGCGUGGACACAAAUCAGCAAUUAAUGAUUUAGUUUUUAACUCGAAUUUUCAAACCUUAUAUUCUUGCUCUCGAGAUUUUACUAUUAAAAUAUGGAACAUAUGGGAAGGCAUAUGUGAGCGUACCUUAGAUUACCACAUUGACAAUAUAACUAGUAUUUGUUUACAUAGGUGUGAUGAAAGUGGUGGAGGGGAUCUCCAUUUAAUCAGCAGUAGCUAUGAUGGUUAUGUGUAUGUGUAUAAUUUAAGUUUGAACAAACAGGUGAACCAGAUAGAGUUGGAGGAACCAGUUGACUGUUUAAAUAUAUUUCAAAAUGAGUACAUUGUUUUAUCUGUGAAAAAUGUAAUUAAAUUUUACAAACUGGAGAAUCUUGAAUUCGUGAAAAAUGUAAUAAUUUCCACCAAGACUUGUUUUUAUUUGGGGAACUUUAAGCAUUACCUGGUGGCCGCCAGCUUAGAUUUGUCUAUAUAUUUUGUGGAUCCCUUCUACAAGGGAAUGGAGAAAAUAAAAGUGGUGAGCAUUGCUAAUUUUUUGAAUGCCCCUAAAUCGGUUGACUUUUCGAAUGGAGUACUAGCACUGGGAGAUAUGAAUGGCAAAUGGCUUAUCGAGGUGUACAACGAGAAGCCGAAGCAAAAAAAACAGAAACGUAAGGAUAGCUCCCUUCUGGUAGAUGUUCCGGAGAUGAUUCAUUUUUUCUCAAGCGAAGAAAUAAACAACUACUUAAAAAAGUUCAAAUACCAUGAUGCCCUGAUGUUCGUGAUAAAGAAAAACCCGGGAGCAACGCUGUCCCUGCUGGACUACCUUUCGAAGCACAAAGUUAUGAUCCCCGCAUGUCGAACAUAUUCCAUCGAGGACACUAUCAAAGUGUUAACCUUUUUCAGAAAAAAAUUCGUAAUAGACAUUUUAAUGUUUGAGUUUUUCUUUACCUUUUUCCAUGUAAAUAAGUGGAUUGCCACUACGAGGGAUGCCAAGGUUUUGGAAGAGCUGAACUUCUUGAGAAGGGGUUUUGAGAACACACAAAAUUUUAUGAAGUAUUAUCAGAAUUUAAAAGAGAUCGCGGAUUUUCUGAAGAAUUAA